GUAUUAAUAUUUAGGGGCACUCGGUGAGGGAGGGAAAGAGGAGAGAGAGAGGAGUCGCCAAAUCAAGGAAAAACCCAAUAAUCGUGCUCCUCCACUAGUUGCUCUCACACACUCUCUCUCCUCCUCCACCCUCUCUCUCCUCGCUCUUCGUGCCCUCCACCUCUGCACCGACCUCACCUGUUUCAAUCCCAUCAAGCAUUUCAAAAAAUAAAAAAUCCUCACUUGUUACGCGUAAAUGUUGAUGUUUUUACGUAGAGGGAAUCGAAAUCCUAGAUCUCUGUUGUUGUCAAGCUGCUGUGUGAAUCACACGAAAAAGCUGAUCCCCUGUCGAAUCUUCCAGAUCUGAUGCGCCAUUUGCUUAGGCACUGCUGCAUUUCGGUUUCAGUGCAUUGAAGGACCAUCUGUUCCUAUUCGCUGCGUUUUCCGAGACGAUAAGAACCCAGCAAUUGGUCUUGGCUUGUUGUUUCGCGCUCAAUAUACAGGGUCUUGGCUUUACUUGCGGAUCCGUACACUGUUGUUGCCAGGUUGAGUCAGUUAUUUUUAUCCGUUUUUUGGUGCAAAAGACGCAUUUUUUUCAUCCUCUGGGGAGCCCUUGUAUACAUUAGCCGGAGUAGUUGGAGAGAUUUUUCAAUUUACUAGUCAGUUGGGAAGAUAAUUUCAAUCGGAGAGUGGGUUUUGAAAAAUCUGUAAUUGGUCCGUUGCGAUGCAGCGAAGUUGAUUUUCUCUUUUGUUGAGAUGGUGGUUUUGGAUGGGGAGAGAAUGGAGAUGGAUUGGAUGGGAUGUCAUUUCUGGAAGAGAGAAGCUCAAGCUUGUAGUGUUGUGAGUACAAAAUGGGGUUGAAUUUUGUUGACUGUAACUUAUAGAACCAGGAGCUGUGGUGGGAAUUAGUCAUGCUUUUCUCCAAUGUGUGUCCCUUGGAGAGUUAUUUAUGACUUCUGGCGAGCCGCUGCUGUUGUCAUCUGAUACUUUUUCUGUGCCACCUCCCAAACCACCGUCGAGGAUAAGCUCACUGGGCUGUCUCUGUCCCAGUGCAUCAUUCUCUUCUUCAAAUUUCGAGGAUUCACAAAACGACUUGUUCGAUCCAAAGAACGAUCUGAUCUGUGUUGAUGAUACGAGUUUCGUUGACAUAAGCCUUGAUUCUUUCCCUCCUUCGACAUCCAAGGUCUCUUCAGCCGAGUCUCGUGCUUUUCAGCAGUUUCCAUUGGAAUGCCCCCCGCGGCAGAGGAAGUGCCUGGUAUCGUGGGGUGGUUCAAUGGAGCUUCAGCAAAAUUCGACGUCAUUCAAUAGUUCUAGGGCUUCCUUUAGGGUCCAGGAUAAAUUGAAUAAAUCUCAGAGAAUUCGUCACAAAAGCAUGCAGUUUGACAAUAAUCUGUCUCAUGAUGAGAAUCCGAGGUUGAUUUACAUAAACGAUCCGAGGAAGACUAAUGAUAAGUAUGAGUUCACUGGGAAUGAGAUCCGAACUAGCAAGUAUACAAUCUUUAAUUUCUUGCCCAAGAACCUCUUCAUUCAGUUCCAUAGGGUUGCUUACUUAUAUUUCUUAGCUAUUGCUGCUCUCAACCAGCUCCCCCCUCUUGCUGUAUUUGGCAGAACAGUGUCUCUUUUCCCACUUCUUUUCGUGCUUUGUGUGACAGCUAUCAAAGAUGGUUAUGAGGAUUGGCGAAGACACAGAUCAGAUAGGAAUGAGAACAACCGGGAAGCUCUUGUCCUUCAAUUUGGAAAGUUCCAAUUGAAAAAAUGGGAAAAGAUCCGGGUUGGUGAGGUAGUGAAGAUUUGUGCUGAUGAAACGAUUCCUUGUGACGUGGUUCUUUUGGCUACCAGUGAUCCCAAUGGAAUAGCUUAUAUCCAGACCAUGAACUUAGAUGGUGAGUCAAACUUGAAGACUAGGUACGCCAGGCAAGAAACAAUUUCAAUGGUUUGUGAAGGAGGUACAAUUUCAGGGGUUAUUAGAUGCGAGCAGCCUAACAGAAAUAUAUACGAGUUCACAGCUAACAUGGAGUUUGAAGGGCAUAAAUUUCCUCUCAGCCAAUCCAACAUCAUCUUGCGAGGUUGUCAGCUGAAGAAUACAGAGUGGGUAGUUGGUGUAGUGGUGUAUGCGGGUCAGGAAACAAAGGCAAUGAUGAACAGCGCUAUGUCCCCUUCCAAAAGAAGCAGACUCGAAAGUUACAUGAAUAGGGAAACCCUAUGGUUGUCUGUCUUUCUUUUCAUAAUGUGCCUGGUAGUCGCCCUGGGAAUGGGUCUAUGGCUUCAGCGCCACAAGGACCAGCUUGAUACGCUGCCUUAUUACAGGAAAACCUUUUUUGGUGAAGGAAAAUUUGGAAGGCCUUACAGAUAUUAUGGGAUUCCUAUGGAGACUUUUUUCUCCUUUUUGAGCUCGGUUAUAGUGUUUCAGAUAAUGAUACCAAUAUCACUCUAUAUUACAAUGGAGUUGGUUCGGUUGGGACAAUCAUACUUCAUGAUUGGAGACAAGCACAUGUAUUGCAGGAACAGCAACUCACGUUUUCAGUGCAGAUCCUUGAAUAUAAAUGAGGAUUUGGGGCAGAUACGCUAUGUGUUUUCAGACAAGACAGGCACCCUUACUGAGAACAAGAUGGAAUUUCGAAGAGCUAGUGUGUAUGGGAAAAGCUAUGGUAGCUCAAUGUUUACGACUGAUUCAAUGGAGGAUACAAACAUCAAAGAACGAACAGCAGCUGCUGUUGGAAGGAGGAGAUGGAAGCUCAAAUCGGAAAUUGGCAUUGAUUCUGAACUCUUGGCUUUGUUGCAUAAAGACUUAGAUGGGGAUGAGCGGAGUGCUGCACAUGAGUUUUUUCUUACAUUGGCUGCGUGUAACACUGUGAUCCCAAUUCUUAUUCAAAGUCAAUCUUCAAGCUGUACAGAGAGUGAAGCUGAUGAAGAUGUUGAAGCUAUUGAUUAUCAGGGUGAAUCUCCGGAUGAGCAAGCGCUAGUGUCUGCUGCCUCUGCUUAUGGAUAUACCCUUUUUGAGCGAACAUCGGGUCAUAUUGUCAUUGAUGUCAAUGGUGAGAAACUAAGGUUGGACGUUUUGGGUUUGCAUGAGUUCGACAGUGUGCGCAAAAGAAUGUCGGUGGUUAUUAGAUUUCCUAACAAUGCUGUAAAGGUGUUAGUGAAAGGUGCUGAUACUUCGAUAUUGAGCAUUUUAAAAAAGGACGUCCGAGGGAAUGAUCACAUAAGGCAUGCAACGCGGUCUCAUCUGAAUGAAUAUUCAUCUGAAGGUCUACGCACACUUGUAGUUGCUGCUAGGGAUCUUACGAAUGCAGAACUUGAGGAGUGGCAAUGCAUGUAUGAAGAUGCAAGCACUUCAUUGACUGACCGACCCAUAAAACUCCGACAAACGGCAGCUCUAAUUGAAUGCGACUUAAAUUUACUUGGGGCUACUGGGAUUGAGGACAAGCUACAAGAGGGUGUACCAGAAGCCAUUGAGUCCCUCCGGCAAGCAGGAAUCAAGGUCUGGGUUCUAACGGGAGAUAAACAAGAGACCGCAAUUUCAAUUGGUCUUUCUUGCAAACUCCUGACCUCAGAUAUGCAGCAGAUCAUCAUAAAUGGCACUUCUGAGGAGGAUUGCAGAACCCUAUUAUCUGAUGCUAUGGCCAAGUACGGUGUUAAAUCUUCAAACUGCAGCGAUUUGAAUUUAAAAUGGAAAAAAAAUGCCGAAAUUGAUUAUGUUGAGAUUCCUGAUGACACAAAGCCAUCAACUGUGCCAAAGAUGCUUGCUGGAAAGGAAGAAGGUACUUUGAGUAUGCCACUAGCACUCAUCAUUGAUGGAAAUAGUCUGGUGUACAUCUUGGAGAAAGAUCUGGAAUCUGAGCUGUUCGACCUUGCUACAUCCUGUCGAGUGGUGCUCUGUUGUCGUGUUGCACCCUUGCAAAAGGCUGGAAUUGUUGACCUGAUUAAGAGCCGUACUGAUGAUAUGACUCUGGCAAUUGGUGAUGGGGCUAAUGAUGUUUCAAUGAUCCAAAUGGCGGAUGUUGGCAUUGGGAUAUGUGGUCAGGAAGGGCGUCAAGCGGUGAUGGCAUCAGAUUUUGCUAUGGGGCAAUUUCGGUUUCUGAAAAGAUUGCUUUUGGUGCAUGGACAUUGGAAUUAUCAGCGUGUUGGUUAUCUGGUUCUUUACAACUUCUACCGCAAUGCCGUUUUUGUGUUGAUGCUCUUCUGGUACAUAUUGUUUACGGAUUUCUCUACAACUUCUGCAUUAACUGAUUGGAGUAGUGUAUUCUAUUCUGUUAUCUAUACCUCAGUACCAACUAUUGUUGUUGGUAUUCUGGACAAGGACCUGAGUGAUAAGACACUACUACAGUAUCCAAAACUAUAUGGAGCGGGCCAUAGACAGGAGAGCUACAACAUGUACCUCUUCUGGAUCACAAUGAUCGACACACUCUGGCAAAGUCUUGUUCUCUUCUAUGUACCUAUAUUUGCCUAUGGGGGGAGCUCUAUUGACAUAUGGAGCAUGGGAAGCUUGUGGACGAUCGCAGUUGUCAUCUUAGUUAACAUGCACUUGGCAAUGGACAUCCACCGGUGGUUGCUGCUUACUCAUUCUGCCGUUUGGGGAUCAAUAAUCAUUACAUACGCCUGUGUGGUGAUAUUGGAUUCUAUACCGGUCUUUCCUAAUUACGGGACAAUCUACCAUCUGGCGAAGUCGCCUGCAUAUUGGAUCUCGAUCUUGCUUAUAUUAGUCUUAGCACUGCUCCCUCGCUUUAUUUUUAAAGUCAUCCACCAAAGUUUUUGGCCUUCAGAUAUCCAGAUAUCUAGAGAAGCUGAGAUACUGAGAAAACGACCUAAUAAUUUUGGAUCGAGGUCAUAUCAAGGUUCCAGUUAACAUGUUUUUACUUUUGUCAUGUCGACUGUCCCCAUUUUGGCGAUCUCCCCAGAGUGUGGCCCGACAGUGUAAAAAGUUACAGGAUCUUCAGUUCAGAUGAGUGGCACACAAGCCGAAGGCUGCUAUGUGAAACAAAACUGAAGAGCUAACAUUGGAGUUAUCAGUAACAGGCUACAAGGGGAAGAUAGCAUUACCGCUAAGCCGGGGAGAGAGAUUUGGUUGAUACUGAUUUAUUAGAUGGUCAAGCCGAGGGGGAGAAAAGAGUGAAAAAUCUUUGCAGGAGGGUUCGUGAGAGUUCGGUUGAUAUUUGAGGGGUUGACUCGUGAAAAGAGAAAAAUGUUUAUGUUAUUUGGUGUUGAACGGAUGAAAAAGCAGGUUUAUAUAUAGCCAGGAUUUCAUCUUCAUGUUUAUGCCAUAGAGUGGCCAGUAAAGAAAAACAGAAGUACAUAUAUAAUUGCUCCAUGUAAAGGUCAGGUGUGUCAUUUUCUUACACUAACCAAAAGUGAAAUAUCAAUUGUUGAAAUCAUCAAAA